AAAGGAGCGGGAAGGGAUAGAAGCGCCGCCGCCGCCUGGGCUUGUUUUGAAAGUUGCUCCGGCUGCCUUGUCCCACAGCGCAGGCGCUGCCGCAGCGAGGCCGGGCCGGGCUCUGCGAGAGCCGCAAGCAGGAGGAGGAUCGGGGUUGCCGCUCCUUGCUCUCAUCCCACCCCUUCACCUCUGAUGAACCUCGCAUCCAGCUAGCCGGAAAGCUUCCCCGCGCAGCGACUGCAGCCGAAGGGAGAGCGGGAGGGAAAUCUGCCAGCGCGCCCAGUCCGAGGCAGCCGCAGCAGCAGCCCCGGCGCCCGGGCCGUUCCAGACAGACGGCCCGCCGCUUAGCGAGCCGGGAUGGCCGUUCCGUUGAGCGACAGCGAGAAAAGGAAACAGAUCAGCGUGCGGGGCAUCGCCGGGCUGGGCGAUGUGGCGGAGAUUAGGAAGAGCUUCAACCGGCACCUCCAUUUCACCCUGGUGAAAGACCGGAAUGUGGCCACCCCGCGGGAUUAUUUUUUCGCCUUGGCGCACACUGUGCGGGAUCACUUGGUGGGACGCUGGAUCCGCACCCAGCAAUAUUAUUACGAGAAGGACCCCAAGCGUAUUUAUUACUUGUCUCUGGAAUUCUAUAUGGGCCGAACACUUCAGAACACGAUGGUGAACCUGGGUCUGCAGAAUGCCUGUGAUGAAGCUAUUUAUCAGCUCGGCCUAGACUUAGAAGAGUUGGAAGAGAUUGAGGAAGAUGCUGGCCUUGGCAAUGGAGGACUAGGGCGUCUGGCAGCUUGCUUUCUGGACUCUAUGGCAACACUGGGGCUUGCAGCCUACGGCUACGGAAUCCGCUACGAAUUCGGAAUUUUUAAUCAAAAGAUUGUCAAUGGCUGGCAGGUGGAAGAAGCUGAUGAUUGGCUGCGCUAUGGCAAUCCUUGGGAAAAAGCCCGCCCUGAAUACAUGCUUCCUGUACAUUUCUAUGGUCGGGUAGACCAUACUCCUAAUGGGGUUAAAUGGAUUGAUACUCAGGUUGUUCUUGCUAUGCCUUAUGAUACACCUGUUCCAGGAUACAAGAACAAUACAGUUAAUACCAUGAGACUGUGGUCAGCCAAGGCACCUAAUGAUUUCAACCUUGAAGAAUUUAAUGUUGGUGAUUAUAUCCAGGCUGUGUUGGAUAGAAACCUGGCAGAAAACAUAUCCAGAGUGUUGUAUCCCAAUGAUAAUUUUUUUGAAGGAAAGGAAUUACGUCUGAAACAGGAGUACUUUGUGGUAGCUGCCACUCUCCAGGACAUCAUACGGCGAUUCAAGUCUUCCAAAUUUGGAUGUCGCGACCCAGUGAGGACCUGCUUCGAAACCUUCCCUGACAAGGUUGCCAUUCAGCUAAAUGACACUCACCCAGCCCUCUCUAUUCCUGAGCUCAUGAGGAUCUUCGCUGAUGUUGAACGUAUGGAUUGGGAUAAGGCCUGGGAAAUCACAAAACGGACAUGUGCAUACACCAACCAUACAGUGCUGCCCGAAGCCCUGGAGCGCUGGCCAGUGUCUAUGUUUGAGAAGCUCCUGCCAAGGCACCUGGAGAUAAUUUAUACUAUCAACCAAAAGCAUCUGGAUUAUGUGGCUACCCUCUUUCCUGGAGAUGUUGACCGCCUCCGAAGGAUGUCUGUGAUUGAGGAAGGAGACUGCAAGAGGAUCAAUAUGGCCCACCUGUGUGUCAUUGGUUCUCAUGCAGUCAACGGAGUGGCUCAGAUUCACUCGGAGAUUGUGAAGAAUUCUGUAUUCAAAGAUUUCUACGAGAUAGAGCCAGAGAAGUUUCAAAACAAGACCAAUGGUAUCACUCCCAGGCGAUGGCUUCUGCUGUGUAACCCAGGACUCUCUGAAGUCAUUGUGGAGAGAAUUGGGGAAGAUUUCCUAACUGAUCUUAGCCAGCUAAAGAAGCUGCUGGAUUUUGUCAAUGACGAAGGCUUUAUCAGGGAUGUAGCCAAAGUUAAACAGGAGAACAAGCUGAAGUUCUCAGCAUACUUGGAAGAACAAUACAAAGUGAAAAUCAACCCUUCCUCUAUGUUUGAUGUGCAUGUCAAGAGAAUUCAUGAAUACAAGAGGCAGCUCCUCAAUUGCCUGCAUAUAAUCACCCUCUACAACCGCAUCAGAAAAGACCCUAAAAAGUCCUAUGUGCCAAGAACAGUUAUGAUUGGAGGAAAGGCAGCUCCAGGCUACCACAUGGCAAAAAUGAUUAUCAGACUGAUCACAGCCAUUGGAGAAAUUGUCAAUAAUGACCCUUACAUAGGAGAUAGACUCAAAGUCAUAUUUUUGGAGAACUACAGGGUAUCUCUUGCUGAAAAAGUGAUUCCUGCUGCAGAUCUAUCUGAGCAGAUCUCAACGGCUGGGACUGAAGCUUCAGGGACAGGAAACAUGAAAUUCAUGCUGAAUGGAGCCCUCACCAUUGGGACCAUGGACGGAGCCAACGUGGAAAUGGCUGAAGAAGCUGGGGAGGAUAAUUUGUUCAUUUUUGGCAUGCGGGUGGAUGACGUUGAGGCAAUGGAUAAGAAAGGGUACAAUGCUAAGGAAUACUAUGACCGGAUUCCAGAGCUCAGGCAAGUUAUUGAUCAAAUAAACAGUGGAUUCUUCUCGCCAAAUGAUCCUAGUUGCUUCCAAGGUAUCGUCAACAUGCUGAUGUAUCACGACAGGUUUAAAGUAUUUGCUGAUUAUGAAGCCUACAUCAAAUGUCAAGGGCAGGUGGACCAACUAUACAUGAAUCCUAGGGAAUGGACUAAAAAGGUAAUUAAGAACAUUGCAUGCUCUGGCAAGUUUUCCAGUGACAGGACAAUUACUGAGUAUGCCAGAGAGAUCUGGGGAGUGGAACCUUCUGCUGUGAAAAUUCCUCCGCCAAACAUACCUAGGGAGUAAAUCUGCCAUUAGAAGGUGCAUGCAGUCACUCUGAUGGGCUUCCUGCUGCUGCUGCCGCUGCUGCUGCUGCUGAGACAUUCCUGCUUCCCAGUGACUUUUCUGCAGAUGAAUUCAAACAUGUAUUUUACCACACAUUGCUUGUUUCAGCUUUAUAAACAUACAGUUGAAAUGAGGGCACCUGGUGCUUCAGAUCAUAGUAAAACAGAGUUGACCAAACCAUAUGGGCCGGAAUAAGAUUCAAGAUCUGAAACAGAAAGCUCAAGCAAAAAAAAAAGUGUUAUAAUCUUGCUCUCUUUUAAAAAUCUAACUUAACUAAUGUGGUUUAUAUGCAUGCCUGCAUUAUAUGCUAUGGGGUUCCUCAAGCUCUUGGACUUGUUAGUUCCUAUGGCAGUUCCCCUGUCUGGUCAAUUAGAAGAUGCCAGCAAAGUCCAGAAUUGGAUGGGGUAGAAAAUGUGAUUCCACAGGGAUAAUUGUGUUGCCUUCCGGAGGGAGUUAGACUGGAACUCUUCUGUGACCCAGGAAAAUGCAUUUUCCGCCUAACUUCCACUGUCUCUUGAUUGCAGUGGUGUCUGCAGCAAACUGAGGUUGCAUCAAAAUGACAUACAUAGUAGUAUCGUGACACAAACUGUGCUCUUAGGUACAUGUAUCCUGAUGACUAACACAAAUACCCCAUUUGGGGUUUAGCAUCAUGACACACAUUUCAUCACUUGUCCCUCUUCCCCCCCACCUUCUCCAAUUAGGAGAAUCGUUGCUGAUCCCCAGGACAGUUCUUUUAACCCAGAAUCAUUCCAAGCGACCUGUUCGCACAAACUCGCACAGGCUACUUUUUCCCACAGGACAUGGAGUUCAAGGAGGAUUAAUGGUGCCAAAGAACCUGUUUGCAUUCCUCUGAAAACAGCAUGCCUGUACAACACGUGCCUGUACAACAUGUGAUUCAUAAAGUUAGCACCCAGCCUGGUGCCCUCAAGAUGCAUUGGGACUGCCCAGCCAGGCUGUAUUAAGUCAAAUGACCAGCCAUAUUCUGUGGUCUGCUAGAUUCUGUAUAGUUUUCAGAGCAAAUGGCAGUAAAUAAAGAAUUAGACAUUUGCUCAGCCUCCUGGUAGGCUGCUAAGCUUUGCUUUAGGAGCUAGACUUUAUCUGUGUAUGUUUCAAAUUGUGCAGUUAUAUGGAUUAUUUAGGACAAUCUUGUAUAGAGAGCAGACAUUGAAAUAUCCGUCACUUGUCAGAGUGAAACCUCCACCUCCAUCCAGAGUCUUUCCCCAAUCAGUGCUGGCUCUAGAGGCCUCGUUUCUAGUAUUUUAAAAGUAUAUUGCAUCUUUUGUGAAGCCCCUUGAGUUUUCAUUUCAGGCAAUAACAUCAGCCUUUAUGGGAUAUACCAGGUCGUCUAGCCUGGGUUGCUAAACAGGUGAAUGUUUAUUUUCUGCAAAUACUGAGGAAAUUGACUGGAGGAGUUUUAGAAACUAGUAAAUCCUUAAAUGGCAACUUUAUUUGCACUUCAAUGUAAAUGACCAGAAUGGAAAUGAACGUAUAUUCCUAUAAGCUUCCAGAACCAAAAAGUUCAGCAAACAUGCUGUUUUUCUUUUCAGAUUUCUUAGUACUGACAUUACCAAUCUAAUACCAGGUUAAUUCCUUCUGUGACCUGAUGCCCUCCAAAUGUCUUGUGGUAGCAGCUCCCCACCAUCAGGGAGUUAACAGGAGCAGGAGGCUAGAGACGGCUGCCUAAUCUCUGCCUCUCCUUAGACUAAUUUUUAGGUUACCCACAAACAGACAAGACCAAUACAACUUUAUCGAUCGAAUGUAGGUAACAGUGGCCACUGCUUUCUGAUCAGGCACGCAGUAAUAGCACCCCUCACUUAAUAGGAGGAAGACUUUAUCAAAAACACAUGACCACUUUGGUCAAAACUGAUACCCUGAUCAUCUGCUGAGAAGUGAGGAUACAGAGCUGAUGCAGCUAGCUUCUGCAGUUAUUCUAGAAAGCAAACCAUUUUUGUUGUACAGCAUUCAUUUUACAUCAGUCUGCUGUAUUUUUGUCUAACAAAACUUUGGUGCAGUUUUGCUACAUUUAAGCAAGGGAUCUUCUGUCAAUCUUUUGACAGAAAUAAGUAAAAUACAUGAUUUUCUAUUUUGCAUAGGCCAUAACUUUUAACUCGCUAAUUAACUGUGCUAGAAAUUCAGUUCGUACAUGUUUAUACAACAUUUAAGUAUAUUAUAGAAUAUAUCUGUAUCUUUACAGCUACAGUACCUCAUUUCAGAUGAUCUCAUAUUGGGUUUUCUAUCUUAUUAAACCAAGACGUUUGUAAGUAUGUUAUUCACAAGUGCAGCUUCUUUGAUCUUCUGUUUUUGGUAUGUAGCCAUAAAUAUACAAUUAUAAUUUCCAGGUUCAUUCAAACUAGAAAGACUCUUAACACAAGCCAAGCUCUCAAAACUACAGUUGAAGAUUUAUUUACAAUUUAAAUUGUUCCAAAACUACUAACCAUAAUUUUUCAGCUCAGCAAAAAUUGGAAUCUGUGAUUAAUUGGAAUCUAUUUGGUCUGAUUGCUACAUUUUGUAAAAGAAGGAGAAAAAAAUGCCAGUUGUAAUAGUAGUAGGCAAAUGAUUCCUACCAAUCUGGGUUUAUAAACUGAGAUUAUACCAACAUGGCUACAGUUUUAAUCUAUAAGGUAGUAAUUACUUUCAGAACAUUAAUUGUGCAGGAGCACUUCAGUUUUCAUAGCAAAACCAUCAUAUGUCAUAUUAUGAAUUACAUUCUGAGUUAUGUUCUAGAAUGCCCAUGCAGGGAUGAAAGGUAAUCAUGAAAGAUUAUUAAUCAGAGGUUGGUAAGAAGAACAUGUGUCUGCCUGCCCCCACUGACUGAGGAAUUCUCAAAGAACUUCCCUAAUUCACCAUUUGAAAUCACCUGUCAUAGAGUAUCUUACUUUGAUAAUUGAAAGAUACCCAAUACCAUAGUGUUGGAUGGGUACUGGGAAGUCAAUCCAGGAACCUUGCUUUUUUAACCCUUGCAAAUUCCUGCUCCUCAGAUUCAAAACCACCUUAAUUGGCACCUACAGAUAUUGUUUCUCAGAUACAAGGCCACCUUGUGCUUAAUCAUGAAGGGCAGGCAUGAUCCAAGAAAACAAAAUAGUCAUGUAGACAUUAAUAAAAUAUUCUGAUGUUUCCUGAGUGGGUUAUACACUGUCGGGUAGUUACUCAUGCAACACAUUACAUAGAACACGGCCAAGUAAAAGAACAUCAAGAAAGAGCAUCCAGUAAGUUAAACAAUGGAAGUAGAUAGUUCUACAAGGCUAUGAAUCUGCCAAUAAUAUCACUUAAAUCAUUGGUUCUUGCAUUUUUCUUGUGCUGACAAGCAAAGGUUCAAAUCCUUUGUCUUAUAAAACAGCUACAGACAGUAAUAUUUGCAUAACCUUUUAGAUUCUUGCUUUAGUAUUAUCAGCUAGGGGCCUAAUCUGACUUCCAUAGCACUGAAAAUAAAGAAUUAAGCAGAGGUGGCCAUGUCCACUGGGGCCCGCUUUAAGGGAUGACAUUCCCUGGUCAGUUUACUAAAAUGAAAUUGUACGAAAUUGUACCCCAAAUUGUACCCCAAAUUAAUCAAAAUAUUUCUUUAGCUAGACUGGUCCCAAUCCAGCCAAUGUUACUCUUUAAUAAGCAAAGUGGUAUUUAUGUCCUACAAAGGAUGAAAGGAAUGUAGCUAACUAUAAUUGGAUUGAGCAAUUUCUUGGCUGGUCACUGAAAAUAGGAGUAAAUCAACAAAGACAGAGAAAAGCUUUAAAAUACUGGCAAUUAAGAGUUAGCCUUUAACUUGUUGAAGGUUUUGAAUCAGCAAUUUCUCAUGCAUGCUUCAUGUAGAGUUUAUGUAAGAUCAAAAAAGUCUAUUCUUUCCUUCCUGGUUCAUAGCUUCCCUCAAGAAGUAAAAUUGCAGUGAAACUGUAGUUAGAUAGCAGGUUCACAACAAGUAAGUAGUUGAAUAUGAAAGCUCUGUUGAAAAAGCAUUGAGAAAUUCACUAUAUGUUGUCAUCAGGCUGCACAUGAAAGCCAUCCUUAAGGGCAUUUGAGACAAGGGCUAGUCUUCACAGUAUAUUGUACCUAGUAGCUUUAUUUAGUUGUUCUUAGAAAAUAACCAUUCUGCUUGCCUUCCAUUGCAUGGCCAAAUUUAUCCCCAUAUUGGAGUAAAUAGAUGGGCCAUUCCAGGUUUAAAGCUCAUAGAUUCUGGAUAUUGGCUGGGUAUACAUCCUUUCCAUGUGUUUUUAUCAAAGACAGAACAUAUGUAAUUAAGGAAUUCCAGGGAGCACAAUAUUGUGUUUAAGGAAUGCUGCUAAACUUUUGAUAGGAAUUGUUUUUAGACUGGUUACAGUUCAGUGUUCCUAUGAUUUAUUUUGCUGCCAUGAAAUGCUUCAAAUAAGGGAACAAAGUUGAAUUACUCUUCUCAGCAUGUACAGAACAUUUUUUCCUAAAGAAAUUGUGUGGAAUGUGUUGCUGUUAUUAUUUAAAUCUAAGCAAAGUAAAGCAUCACAGGUUUUUGCUGAUUAAGUCUUAUCAUGUCUUGAGAUUUGUGCAUAAAAUACUGCAUGUUUGCAAGCAUUCCCAUCUCACAUGUAUUUUGCAUUACACUCUUAAGAAUUUGUUGUUCUAUUCCCAGUUAUUUUUCUUCAUGGUCUGUAAAACUAUUGUGAGCAACUCUUACUUCAGACAGAAUAUCUCUCCAAGCAAGAAUUAGCCAGGCAGGAGGGUGGAGCAAGCAAAUUAGCAGUUACUGUGCUUGCUAAAUAAAUGUAUUUGUCACGAUCAUGCCAUUUACAAAACUAAUUUUGAGUUUAUGUGUGUGGGUGUGUUUAUGAUACGUUACUGUUAUUCCCCUGUGUUUUCAAAACAUAUUAAACUUCCAUGAACAUUG